CAGAUACAACUGCUAGUUAUAUUGACAAAACAGUCCUAUUAACUCCACAAUGAGCGACCUUUCAGCGUCUACAUUCGCAUUGUUUCACUGAGUACAUGAAACAUGGAAAACGGUGCGGGAAGAUAUGGACGUCGCAUGACGUUCAAGACUCCCGUUUUGCCCGAAGCGAGACUAGAAUGGGAAACUGAGAAUAGUUGUUUAUACAACAAUGUGCAACAGACAGAGUAUCCGCCGAUAUUCGCUAGGCAGUCGUGGACCAAGGGCGUGCUCGAGAAGGAUAUGCAGAUGUAUUUCAAGCCUUCAGAAACUAUAGGUUCAACUUUUACACCUGGAGCUCAACACUUGAAAAUCCAAGAUAUGAGAUGCCAUAAACGGAAAAAAGUUGGACCUCUUGGAGAGGACGGAAAAUUAUGCUAUCCCCCGAAAAAGACAAAGAAACAGAUAGAAGAAGAGGGAAGAAAGGAGAAGGAAAGGCAAAAUAGAUUGAAGGUAACUAACGAAGGAUUCGUUGACGUCGAAGAUCUGCUGUCCGGGGCGUAUCAUAGAAGAAGGGAAGAAGAGAAAGAAAGGCAGAAAUCAGUAACGAAAAUGAUCAAGAAAGUCGAUUUGCUGAAAUGGGAGGGCUUUCGAGAUGAAUCUGAAAAAAUGAAAAAACUGCAAGCCAUACUACCAAAGGAUCCUGACGAACAACGAGAAUACUUGCUCAACCAGUGCGAAGAAGAUAUGAAAAAGCCAAUCACAAAGAAAGAUUUGCAAAGGACGGUUUAUUAUCUGACCGAGGGAAUACUUCCUGAACACAUACUACCUUACGAUCGAUCGCUUCUAAAACGAGUUCGUCUAAAAAUACCAGAAAAAUACAAAAGUAUAAGGGAGUACAAAUCAAUGAUUGCGGCCGAUGAGAAUUUAAUACUAAUGUUGUACUGUGUUUUUAUGAGAAAAAAUUUAUUGCAAUACGUCCUUCAUGAUCCAGGAGAGUGGAGAAGGUUGAAUUUUGAGACUUUUCCAAUAGAUUACCCAAUCAUGUUGAUUCGUGCUCCAGUUCCAUGGCACACCGCCUUCUGUUUGAAUCAACAACAAAUGGAGAGACAUUACUAUAACGGUAAUGUUGUUUUAAGAAAAAUUCGUGACCUUUGGUUCGAAAGCUACGAGAACAUGUUGAUAUUACCUCUAGAGCAAUUAGAGGAAAAAUCCCCAUUUCCAAUCUCUCCAGGGGAGUUUGGACAGAGAGUACUCGAUAUAUGUCAGAACUCAAGAAAAAUACUCAAGAAGGAAUGGCUGCCAGCAUGUGCGGACAUAUUCUUGGAGAACAAGCAAGAAUGGAAAUGCUACAUUCCAGUAACUAAACACGAUUCUUCGGUGUUGAUCGAGAGAUUUUUCGAAUGUGCCAAUGUCCUUAUGUCAAUGCAAUUGAGAACGUUGGUCGUGAAGAGCCUGAAGCACUUUAUCAGUUUACUGUUCAAGUUCAAGGAUGGGAACGAUUAUGGAAACGAAUAUAGAGACCUUGCGCUUAUCAAUCUCCCGAUUCUUACAAUAGUAGCACAACCCGAGCUUGGAACCGAAAAAAUAUUUCUGACUCCAACUUUCGAUGAAAUACGAAAAAUGUUCGAGGACUGCUUCUCCCGAAUAGUAGCUGUCAAUUACGAGCUUCCUAAGAUUGAGGCAAUAAUGUUUCCAGAAUUUUCCGACGAGAAACGACACCUCUACCCUGUCUUGGAAACAGACGAAACUGUGGUGGCGUUACACGACGAAAUGUUGGAAGCAUUCGUUACAAACUUCAUUGGGCCUGAGAAGUACUUACAGCUUUACGAGAAUUACUAUUAUCUGUUAAACGGAACAGCAAAAAAAGAUUUGGAGGAGUACUUUAACCUGGACCCUUUCCCGUAUUUGAAGGACUUUGCGAGAAGAAUUUACAAGUACGAAGAACUACGUGAUGAAAUAAUAUUGCUCAGAAACAACAUACCACUAAACCUCUUCAAUUUGAAUUGCAAACGACUGAACGAGAGCCUGUAUCGUGUCGUCUCCCUACUUCGUAAUACGAUCGUAGACCACUUCGUGAAGGAAAACCACGAUCAUAAUAGAAAGAUUUGCGAUACGUUUGAUGAAAUGUCUCAGAAGGUCAGCGGUAGUCCAGAUACGGUCGCAGAAUUGGUCGCACUCCAAAACUACGUUGUCGAGUGUAGGGACGUUACUAUGUAUAACUUGAAAGAGCAAAUCAGAAAAACCGCUGAAAAUGUCUUGUUUUUAAUGGACCACGCGCAUCUGAUUCGUGAUGAUAUCGUAUUGAACUGCCGCGUGUUCGUCUGGCCGAAGGACAUGGAAGCCGUGAUCGAUCUGGCCCUACAAAGGAUCAGCAUGAAGAGGGACUUUGCCGAACAGAGCCUGCGGACCAGACGGGUACAUUUCGAUGCGAGGCUCAAAAAACACGAAAAAAUGUUGGUCGCUUUUAAAAAGAGGGAUCCGCCGAUGCUCACUAUGGAGGAGAUGGAAGACGCUGUGUCUGUGGUCGAAAACCUAGUGAAAAAGCUAGAGGAGGACAAAGCUGAAGCCGAACAGAUCAAUGAAGAGGAACAGUUGUUGGAUAUGGAUGCAUCGCCGUUCAUGAAUCUUUACAAGAUGAUUUCAAUGAUAGAUCCAUAUGACAAAUUGUGGCAUAAUGUCCUUGAGUAUAACAAAAACUACGAUUUGUGGUACUACGGUCCGUUUGCUGAACUGGACGCAGAGGAAAUAACGGAGUACGUGGACACUAUAUGGAGAACACUGUAUAAACUAGCAAAGACAUUCACAGAUAAUCCCGGCGCAAGAAGGAUAGCAGAAAUGGUCAGAGCCAAAGUAGAAAAGUUCCGGCAGUUUCUGCCCGUUUUGCAAACGGUUUGCAAUAAAGGGUUGCAACAAAGACACUGGAAUAAGAUCAGCGAAACGGUAGGAGUUCAGAUAGUGAUCACUGAGGACUCGACGUUGAAUGAGAUGAUAGAGAUCGGUCUGCCGAAGAUUACUGCUCAACUGGAAGAAAUAGGUGCAGCCGCUACAAAAGAAUAUGCUUUGGAGAAGAAUUUGGCGAAGAUGAAAGAGGAAUGGGUGGAUAUAAGGUUCGAGAUGGUACCAUACAGGGAAACUGGUGUGAAUAUUUUGAGCGCAGUCGACGACAUUCAAGUGAUGAUGGACGAUCACAUUCUGAAGGCGCAAACAAUGAGAGGAUCUCCAUACGUGAAAGCCUUUGAGGCAGAAAUGCAAGCUUGGGAAGAGAAGCUGAUCUCUAUGCAGGACAUUUUAGAGCAAUGGUUGAUGUGUCAAGCUACAUGGAUGUACUUAGAGCCGAUAUUUAGCUCGGAAGACAUAAUGCGACAGAUGCCGACUGAAGCGAGGAACUUCAAGGUUGUUGAUAGGGUAUGGAGGGCUAUUCAAGGCCAUACCGUGAAGGACCCGCAUGUUUUGGCGGCCACUGAUUUCAAAGAUAUGUUGAAACUGCUGAAGGAAAACAACCGGUUAUUGGAUGAGAUUCAGAAAGGUCUGAACGACUAUCUAGAGAAGAAGAGACUGUUCUUCCCAAGAUUCUUUUUCUUAUCAAAUGACGAACUACUAGAGAUAUUGUCUGAAACUAAAGAUCCAUUAAGGGUGCAACCUCACCUGAAGAAAUGCUUCGAAGGCAUUCAUCAAUUAGACUUUUCCAUAGAUGAAGAGGUUGUUGGUAUGGUCAGCGCCGAAAAAGAGAAGGUACCGUUCACCGGAAAAGUCAUCCCAGCCGAUGCUAAAGGAAUGGUAGAGAAAUGGUUGGUGCAGGUGGAAAGCAUCAUGAUACAGUCUUUAAAAGAUAUAACGCGGGAUGCUGUGAAACACUAUCCAACGGUAGAAAGACCGACUUGGAUCUUGGCUUGGCCUGGUCAGGUGGUCCAAUGUGUAGAUUGCGUUCAAUGGACUGCUGAGGUUACAAAUGCUAUUUUCAGUGGAUCAUUGUCACAACAAGAGGCAUUGUGCACAACUCAGAUAGAACAGAGUGUGAAAAUGGUGCAAGGCAAUCUAAAACCUAACAAUCAAGUAACCGUAGAAGCAUUAAUCGUCAUUGAUGUACACUGUAGAGACAUCGUCAAGAUGCUGAAGGAAUUGAAAGUGGUGUCUGUAGCAGAUUUCAACUGGAUAUCACAGCUGCGCUAUUACUGGCGCGACCUCCUUGUGACGGUUUCCAUGAUUACUACGGAAGUCAUGUACGGAUUCGAGUACUUGGGAAACACUGGGCGACUGGUAGCUACACCUUUAACAGAUAGGUGUUACAGGACAUUAAUGGGUGCAUUAAAGUUGAACCUCGGUGGCGCACCCGAGGGUCCUGCAGGUACCGGCAAGACAGAAACUUGCAAGGAUUUGGCGAAAGCUGUCGCAAAAAAGUGUGUUGUAUUUAACUGCUCCGACGGGUUGGAUUACAAAGCACUUGGAAAAUUCUUCAAGGGACUAGCUCAGGCCGGUGCAUGGGCAUGUUUCGACGAGUUCAACAGAAUCGAGCUGGAAGUACUUUCUGUUGUGGCACAACAGAUAUUGAGCAUCCAGAUGGCGGUUGCGGCUAAGUUGAAAAAGUUUGUUUUUGAAGGAACUGAAAUCACCUUGGAUCCAACUUGUACCUGUUUCAUCACAAUGAAUCCAGGAUAUGCAGGGAGACAGGAACUACCGGACAACCUUAAAGUUUUGUUUAGAACUGUAGCGAUGAUGGUACCAGAUUACGCGAUGAUUGGAGAGAUUUCUCUGUAUUCUUAUGGAUUUGUCCAAGCUAAGAGCCUCGCUCAAAAGAUAGUGCACACGUACAAAUUAUGCUCGGAACAGCUAUCCUCACAAAAUCACUACGAUUACGGAAUGCGAGCUGUCAAAUCUGUACUUCUAGCUGCCGGGGCGCUAAGAAGAAACUAUCCAAACGCACAAGAAGGGCAGCUAGUCCUUAGGGCAAUUAUAGAUGUCAAUUUGCCAAAAUUCUUAGCACAGGAUGUACCUCUGUUCAUCGGUAUCUACAACGAUUUAUUCCCCGGAGUCGAACUGCCCUCUUUCGAGAGGGCGGACUUGAUUGCAAGUCUGAUUGAAGAGAUAAAGAAAAAAAACUUGCAACCAACUCCCUGGUACGUGGAAAAAUGCAUGCAGAUAUACGAGAUGAUACUCGUGAGGCACGGUCUGAUGAUCGUAGGCAAGCCUAUGGGAGGUAAAACGUGUGCGUAUCAGUCGUUAGCCGAAGGACUAGGAUCAUUAUCGAGCAAUCCAAACAGUAAACUGAUAGAACACGCAGUUAUUUAUAAAAUAAUCAAUCCUAAAGCUAUAACAAUGGGGCAGCUGUAUGGGCAGUUCGAUCCCGCUUCCCACGAAUGGUCUGAUGGCGUAUUGGCAACCACUUUUCGGGAGUUUGCAAACAGUACAACACUAGAUAGAAAAUGGAUUUUGUUUGAUGGCCCAGUAGAUGCCGUCUGGAUAGAAAACAUGAACACAGUUUUGGAUGACAAUAAAAAGUUAUGUCUGAUGUCCGGUGAAAUCAUUCAGAUGUCUCCACAGAUGAAUUUGAUUUUCGAACCGGCCGACUUGGAACAAGCUUCUCCAGCAACAGUGUCUAGAUGCGGAAUGAUUUAUAUGGAACCAGCGUUGCUCGGAUGGAGACCUUUCAUGGAUUCUUACUUGGCGAAACUGGAAAAAAUAUUGCUACAGGAACAACUGGAAAUCCUGCAAGAGUGCUUGGAAUGGCUGGUUCCGCCAUGUCUCGAACAUAUCAAUACUCAUUGCAAGAAGUUCGUUGAAACAUCGGAUAUUCAUUUAUUUUAUUCCUUCACACGUCUCUUCACUUGCCUACUGAGAACAGAAAACCAAGUGAGUACCGUCUGGCUCCAAAGUGUCUUUCUAUUUUGCCUCGCCUGGGGUCUAGGCUCAACGCUGAACCACGAUGGACAAAGGACAUUCGAUGUGUUCUACAGAAAAAUCCUAAAUGGAGACAACAAACAUCAUCCUAAACCGAAAUCGUACAAGCUGGCAAGGAACCAGAUAUUUCCGGACCGUUCUGUAGUGUUCGAUUGGAUUUUCGAUAAGAAAAAUAACGGCUCAUGGCUCAACUGGUCAGACACCGUGGAUAAAGUGCAACAGAUUCCGGCGAAUGCUAAGGCGAGCGAGUUGAUCAUCCAAACGAACGAUUCUUGUUGCCAAAGAUUUUUCCUGAAGACGUGCCUAGAUAACGAACUUCCGAUUUUAUUCGUCGGGCCAACGGGCACUGGCAAAACCGCGAUUGUAUUAGACCAUCUGCUGAAUCUACCCAAGGAGAAAUAUCUACCGAAUGUUAUCAAUUUCAGUGCACGAACUUCCUCUACAAUGACUCAAGAAAUGGUAAUGGCAAAACUAGACAAACGAAGACGCGGUGUUUUUGGUCCGUCGAUGGGAAAAAAGUGCGUUCUAUUCAUCGACGAUGUAGGUAUGCCCCAAAAAGAAACUUGGGGUGCCCAGCCACCUGUUGAGUUGCUCAGGCAGUGGAUCGAUCAUGGACAUUGGUACGAGAAAGAUACAUCAACUCUGUAUUUGGUAGACCUUAUGUUUGUCGGAGCAAUGGGUGUACCUGGUGGUGGCAGGAACGAAAUUACUGACAGAUUUCUCAGACAUAUGCAAAUCAUUGGACUUGAUUCCUUCGAUGACAACACCCUCACAAAAAUAUUUUCUACUAUUUUGGACUGGCAUUUCGCUAAAGGAUACGUGGAGCCAGUAGCAAGGCUUUCAAGGUUCUGUGUCGGCGCCACAAUAGAAGUCUACAAAGAAGCGACUUUGAAUUUUUUGCCAACGCCAUCAAAGUCUCAUUAUACGUUCUCGUUAAGAGACUUUUCGAGAGUAAUAAAUGGUCUACUUCUCACCCCACCCCCAAAAAUGGAUGACCCUGACAAAUUUAUACGAUUGUGGAUCCACGAAACAUAUAGGGUGUUCCAUGAUAGACUCAUUGACGAUGCUGACAGGGCAAAGCUUUUCGACAUCGUCAAGAAAGCGACGUACCAAAAUUUCAGGCAGCCUAUGGAUAAAGUGUGUGCAAAUCUUGUGGGAGAGGAGGAAACUUUAGGUCCCCAACAUAUUAGAAACCUUUUUUUCGGAAAUUACAUGGAACCAGAUGCCGAUCCCAAGUAUUAUGACGAGAUAUCAGACAUGGAAGGCCUAAUAGAAAAAAUGGAGUACUACCUAAGUGAAUACAACAUGCUGUCAAAGUCUCCGAUGAACCUGGUGAUGUUCAAGUUCGCAAUAGAACACGUUUCCAGGGUAUCCAGAGUCCUUACGCAGCCGAACGGGAACGUGUUGCUCGUGGGUGUCGGAGGAUCCGGUAGGCACAGUUCUGCCAAGUUAGCUGCCUCGAUGGCCGAGAGCACGAUAUUUGAGAUAGAAAUUGGCAGAACAUAUGGUAUUUCCGACUGGAGAGAAGAUUUAAAAAGACUACUCCUGAAGGCAGGUUGUGACGGUAAGCCUAUCGUUUUUCUGUUUGGAGAUACGCAGAUCAAAGACGAGCUGUUCGUGGAGGAUAUCAACACGAUUCUUAAUACAGCCGAUGUACCAAAUUUGUAUCAGCCUGAUGAGAAGGCUGAAAUACUGGAAAGGAUGCAGACUGCUUCAAAAGACAGCGGCAAAAAGAUUGAUUCAACACCUUUGGCGUUGUACAACUUCUUCAUAGAACGCGUUAGAAAUAAUCUCCAUGUAGCUCUAUGCAUGUCACCCAUAGGAGAUUCGUUCAGAGUGAGAUGUAGGAUGUUUCCAUCUUUAAUCAACUGUUGUACAAUAGACUGGUUCCAAACCUGGCCAGACGAUGCAUUAGAAAGGGUGGCAGACAUGUUUUUAUCGCAGACAGACAUCAACCCCGAAAUGAUCGUACUGUGCGUAUCAAUUUGUAAGCAUUUCCACGUCACCGUUCAGGAAGCUUCAGAGGUGUUCUUCAGAGAGCAGAAAAGGAAGACGUAUAUAACUCCAACGUCCUACUUGGAAUUGAUUCAAACGUUCAAAACCUUAUACGCGUUAAAAGUGGAGCAGAUCACGCUGCAGCGAAAUCGCUACGAAACUGGCUUAGAAAAGCUGGAUUUUGCGGCUGGACAAGUCGGAUUGAUGCAGGACGAACUGACGGCUCUGCAACCAAAGCUGAUAGUCGCUUCCGAGAUAACUGAGAAGUUAAUGAUAAAAAUCGAGCAGGAUACCGUUAAAGUCGAGAAACAGAAAGAGAUCGUAGGGGCUGAUGAAGCAUUAGCCAAUGAAGCAGCGGCCGCUGCUCAAGCAAUCAAGGAUGACUGCGAAUCGGACUUGUCGGAAGCAAUCCCGGCUUUGGAAGCUGCCGUGGAAGCUCUGGAUACUCUGAAACCGGCAGAUAUCACCGUCGUGAAAUCCAUGAAAAAUCCACCAUCCGGCGUUAAGCUCGUUAUGGAAGCGAUUUGCGUUAUGAAACAGAUGAAACCUGACAGGAAGCCUGACUUGACCACAGGCCGAAUGGUCGAGGACUACUGGGGGGCAUCCGUGAAGCUUUUGGGCGACAUGAAAUUUCUAGAGAGCCUAAAAGCUUACGAUAAAGAUAACAUACCGGCUCCUGUAAUGAAGAGAAUUAGAGAAAGAUUUAUGUCGGAUCGAGAAUUUGAUCCAGACAGAAUCAAAUCCGUGUCGACUGCCUGUGAGGGUCUAUGCAAAUGGGUUAGAGCUAUGGAAGUCUACGACAGAGUCAUCAAAAUUGUGGCUCCGAAGAAGGCCAGGCUAGAAGAGGCUGAGGCAGAAUUGGCUAAGCAAAUGGAUACGUUGAAUGCCAAAAGGGCGGAGCUUCAAAUCGUAGCAGACAAAUUACAAGCCCUAAAUGACGAGUUCGCCGCCGAAACGAAGAAAAAGAAGGAUCUAGAAGAUGAGAUUAAUCUAUGCUCUCAGAAAUUAGACAGAGCUGAGAAGCUGAUCGGUGGUUUGGGUGGCGAGAAAAGCAGAUGGUCUGAAACAGCUGUUGCUUUACAUGGGUUGCUGGGUAACGUUAUUGGAGAUGUGCUUUUGUCAGCUGGAACCAUUGCGUACUUGUCGCCGUUCACAGUCAAUUAUAGGCAAGACCUUCUGAAAAGAUGGAACGAAUAUUCCUUGAAGACUGGUAUACCCUGCUCACAUAACUUUUCAUUAGUGACCACUAUGGGAGAACCAGUCAUCAUAAGAGCUUGGAAUAUUGCUGGUUUGCCGUUUGACAAUUACAGUAUCGAGAAUGGCAUAAUUUCAACAACGGCAAGGAGAUGGCCUUUGAUGAUUGAUCCACAAGGACAAGCAAAUAAAUGGGUGAAAAAUAUGGAAAAGAACAACCGUCUACAGGUGAUCAAGCUAACGGACUCAAACUAUGUGAGGGUACUGGAAAAUGCGAUAACAUUCGGCAGCCCUGUCCUUUUGGAAAAUAUCGGCGAGGAGAUCGACGCUGUUUUGGAUCCGAUUUUGGUGAAAAACAUCUACAAGUCUACCGGCAUCUGGUAUAUGAAGCUUGGCGACAACGUCUUGGAAUACUCGUUCGACUUUCGAUUUUAUAUCACUACAAGACUCAGGAAUCCCCAUUAUCUACCCGAGCUGGCCGUUAAAAUUACACUGGUCAAUUUCAUGAUCACUCCACAGGGAUUGCAAGAUCAGCUUCUCGGCAUCGUGGUGGCUAAAGAAAAACCGGAACUCGAAGAAAAGAAAAACGCAAUGAUCGUAGAAAGCGCCGACAACAAAAGAAUGUUAAAAGAAAUCGAAGACAAAAUAUUGGAAGUGCUUUCUUCGUCUGAAGGCAACAUUCUAGAAGACGAAACCGCAAUCAAGAUUCUAUCUUCGAGCAAAGUUCUUUCCGAAGAGAUCCAGGAGAAGCAAAAACAGGCAGCCGUCACCGAAAAGGAGAUAGACGCUGCGAGAAAUGGAUACGUACUAGUUUCAAAACAUUCAUCGGUUCUGUUCUUUUGCAUCUCAGAGUUGACGAACAUAGACCCCAUGUACCAGUAUUCAUUAGGAUGGUUUAUAAACUUGUACAAUCAGUCAAUCAUCCAUAGUGAUAAGUCGAGUAUACUGGCUCAACGACUGCUCAACCUGAACAAUCAUUUUACUAAUAAUAUAUACAGAAAUGUAUGCAGAUCGUUAUUUGAAAAGGACAAGCUCAUAUUUUCAUUUGUGCUGACCGUGGGAAUACUAAGAUCACAGGAGAAAAUUGACGAAGAGGUAUGGACGUUCCUCCUGACAGGAGGUGUAGCUUUGGACAAUCCGUUUCCAAAUCCUGCCACAGAAUGGCUCAGUGACAAAUCGUGGUCGGAAAUUGUUAGAUCGAGUAAUCUAAAAGGGCUGGAAGCGUUUAAGGAUUCGGUUAUGGAUGACCCGAGAGCUUGGAAGAAGUUCUAUGAUGUCCCAAAUCCCAACGAGAUACCUUGUCCAGCACCUUUAGAUCAUCUAAGAGGCUUAGUACGAUUGGUUGCACUACGGUGCAUAAGGCCAGAUAAGGUGGUUCCUGCUGUCCAGGCGUACAUUGUAGAAGAAAUGGGUCCCUCGUACUUAGAGCCUCCUCAAUUCAAUUUGGAAGAGUCGUACAAUGACAGCAAUUGCUGUUCACCGUUGGUAUUCAUCCUGUCUCCUGGAUCUGACCCGAUGGCUGGACUGAUCAGGUUUGCGGCUGAUAAGGGCAUUCCAAAGACUAGUCUUAUGACUAUAUCUCUAGGACAAGGACAGGGUCCAAUUGCAGCGAACAUGAUAAACACAGGACUAGAGACAGGUCAAUGGGCUGUCUUACAAAACUGCCAUCUAGCAGAGAGCUGGAUGAGAGAGUUGGACAGAAUUUGUGACGAGGUUAUCGUUCCUGAAGUUGCUAAUCCUAAUUUUAGGCUAUGGUUGACCAGCUAUCCGAGCAAAGCUUUCCCAGUUGCCAUACUGCAAAAUGGUGUUAAAAUGACUAACGAAGCACCCAAGGGCUUAAGACAAAAUUUACUAAGAUCCUACGGUUCUGAUCCGAUAUCUGACCCCGAGUUCUUCUUGGCCUGCCCGAAUCGAAAAGGAUUCCAGCGACUUUUAUUUGCGUUGUGCUUCUUCCACGCAUUGGUACAAGAAAGAAGAAAGUUCGGGCCGCUCGGAUGGAACAUUCCUUACGAGUUUAAUGAGUCUGAUUUGAGGAUUUGUGCAUUGCAACUUCAGAUGUUCUUGACAGAAUACGUCGAUAUCCCUUAUGACGCGUUAACGUAUCUGACAGGAGAAUGCAACUAUGGAGGACGAGUAACUGACGACAAAGAUAGGCGAUUAUUGAACUCUCUACUUUCUAUUUUCUAUACGCCCGAUGCAGUAAAUAAAGCACGGUAUACGUUUUCACCAAGUGGUAUCUACCACGUCCCUGAUGACGUCAGCUAUGAUGGUUGUGUCAACUACAUAAAGUCUCUACCGUUAAAUCCAAUGCCAGAGGUGUAUGGUUUGCAUGAAAAUGCGGAUAUUACGAAAGACAACCAAGAAACGGCAAUCCUUUUGCAAGGCGUUCUGUUGACGCAAACCCAAAUAACGGCUGGUGGAGGUGGUGAAGAUACUCAAGAUAUGAUCAUUGACUUGGCCAAUGAUAUACUUAGUAAAGUCCCGGAUGUUUUCAAUGUAGAAGAUGUCAGCAAGAAAUACCCUGUGAUGUAUAAAAAUUCCAUGAAUACAGUUUUGAGACAGGAGCUAAUAAGAUUCAACAGGCUGGUGGUAGUUGUUAAAAGGACUCUCAGAGACAUGAUAAAAGCAGUUGCAGGAUUGGUAGUGAUGUCUGCUGAGUUAGAGGAAACUUGCAACUCGCUGGUUAUAGGAAAAGUGCCUACCGCUUGGGCGAGCAAAAGUUACCCUAGCUUGAAACCACUAGGGUCUUAUGUAACGGAUUUGAUCGCAAGAUUGAAAUUUUUUCAAGACUGGAUCGACGGUGGGACACCCAACGUGUUCUGGAUCUCCGGGUUUUACUUCACCCAAUCAUUCUUGACUGGCAUCCUGCAGAAUUUCUCCAGAAAGCGGAAGCUUCCGAUAGACUGGAUUCACUUUGAAUAUUACAUUUCGAAAUUCGAAACAGAACCAGACGUCUGUCCUUUUUAUGGCGUUUUUUGCAAGGGUCUGUUUCUGGAGGGAGCCCGCUGGGACAGAAACUUAAACAUGCUGAACGAGUCCUUUCCAAAGAUCCUGUUCGACACCGUCCCCGUGAUAUGGUUGAAACCAGCCGAAAUAGCUAAAUUCAAACCAGAACAAUCCUACAAUUGUCCCGUGUACAAGACGUCGGCGAGAAGAGGAGUGUUGUCCACAACAGGUCAUUCAACUAACUUUGUCAUGUACAUGUCUUUCGCUACAAAUCUGCCAGAAAAGCACUGGAUCAACAGGGGUGUAGCCUCGUUGUGUCAGUUAGAUGACUGACGUUUUACAAAUGCUGUGAGUUCUACUUAUUUAUACUUUUGGAAUAUAAUUAUUUUAC